AUGGAGCCGCCAAAGGCUGUUCCGCUUCAGAUUCCCUCCGAGGAUGACGUGCCCUUGUUCGAUCCAAUCGGCCUCAGCGCAUCGCUCUCGGCCGACGACUGGCACAGCUCCUUCGAUCUCGGCAGCGUAGCAGCAGCUCGUCUCGGCAUCGGCUCUCCCCCAUCUCAGGAUAGCUCUGGCUUCCUCUCAUCUUCCAUCGCUCACCUCGCUUCCUCCCACUCUCGUUCUCGCAACAACACAAAUUCGGACACCGUAGCUACCUCACAUUUACCACAUCCAUCCCCCGAACUCACUGGUACUACUCACAACGUCGUUCCGCAAGCCGAUCAUCUUGCACAAGAUGACGCUGCAAAACGAGGCAGAAGACGUAGAAGCUCAGCAGCUCAUAAUGAUGCUUCGCAGUCUUCCGCAGCGGUUCUUCCUGCUGCACUGCCACAGAAAGACACCUCCGUAGGUUCCAAGGUCCGCAUGUGGUGGGAGCGAAGUGCCGCUGACUCACCGCAAGCCGACUCCAGUGACUCUUCGGUAGUCGAGCGCGAGCCUCCAUCCGCAGCCUUACCACCUCUCUGCACUGACACACAUACCAUCGCACCAUCCGCCUCUACAGAAUCAUCCGCAUCAAACGAAGCUUCGUCGCCCAUAGUCCGUUCGCCUGCUGCCGACUUUCUCAGCGCCUUCUCCAGCCUCAAUAGCGUUGUGCAACCCGCUACCUCCUAUGACAACCGCUCCCUCUCGUACAGCCCACCCCGGUUCGGUUAUCGCAGUCUUGCCGCCUCCUUCAUGCGGGACGAUACCCACAACGGCUCCGCGGCAGCUUCCAGCUUCGGCUCUUUGCGUGGUCUUGGCAGCGUCGCAGCCCAGCUCUACGACGCACAGCUCACCGCAACUCCCAAUCCACAGCCUCAAACCGACGACGAGGGCGCACGGGUCGGUCCUGCCGGUCGUUAUCUUCUUGGCAAGACCAUCGGCGUUGGCGGCUUCUCCACUGUUCGCGAAGGCUGGGACCUCGAGGCGCAAGGUCCAGCAGAUCCAACAGCUCCCAUUAUCGACGGCCAACGAAAAGGACGCAGAGUGGCAAUCAAGAUUGUCUAUCACAAUCGCAACCAUGAUCGCCAGGCACAAAACUCUCUCGACCAACAGCCACAGCAGCAGCAGCAGCAGCAGCAGCAGCAGCAGCGUCACAACCACCAACACUCGCAAGAGCUACGCAUCUGGAAAAGCUUACCCUCACAUCAGCAUUUGUUGCCAUUACUGCAUCACGAAAGCGUCACUCUCAACACCUCUCACGCCGACCACCAUGGUGGAGAUGCACACGCAGAGCUUCUCAUCAUGCCCUACUGCGAUCAGGGCAACCUGCUCGACUUUGUCCGUAGUGAAGCAGGCGCCAACAGCCUCAUCUUCCCUCCCAAGGGCGGUCUACUCUUUUCUUCACAAGACCAGAGAACCAGCUCAGGUACUUGGGUUACUCCAGCCUCGGCGCGCUCAUCGACGCUGCUGUCACGCAGCUCAUCGCUUCGCGCCUCGAUGGACCAUGCGUCCAGUCGCCGUUCCGGCUCACGCCCAGGAUCUGACUUUUUUCCGGCUCGCAAUGCUGGCUCUUCGCACACGCUGGGCCGCGUCGCCUCGGUUUCGGCUGCCUCUCAGCUUCGCACCAUCCCGGCAGGCCAAGAGGCUUCGUCGGUCGCGUCAUCACCCAGCUCUGCGGCUGGCAGCGUAUCCAGCGGCUCCCGACUCCUUCGCAGAACAAACAGCCAAACACCGCGCAGCCAAGGCGUUCCCAUCGAUGCGGCCCGCGAGAUCAUGCGCCAGCUCACCUCCGCCCUCAGUACGCUUCACAGCAAGAGUCACAUCCUACACGGAGAUCUCAAACUCGAAAAUGUGCUCGGACAGGACCAAACCUCGUGGAAGAAACGCCAGCGGACUUGCACUUCUGGCUCUGACGGCGAUACCCACGCCAAGCAGAUGUGCAGUGGCCUCGCCGAUUCUGUUGACUCAUUGACCACAGCUUCCGUCUCCUCAAAGCAUACGCUCGACGUAAAGGACGCAGUCAUGCCGUGCUGGCGCAUUGCCGAUUUCGGCUUGGCCCAAGUUUUGGAUCCAAACCAUGUCAAGACCGGCAUGACAGGAGCAUCCGCCCUUGUACGCACUCUCAAGGAGGAGGCGGACAUUGUAGAUACACCAGGAUCGCCGAGUCGAAAGAAGGCUGUCAAGACGAGUCGCGGAGGCUCCCUGGCCUACACCGCCCCCGAAUUUCUCCGCGCUCAGGGAACGCCCGGGACUUCGAGCCCAACUCCUUUCGAAUUUGCGGACGAGGAUGGCGAUCUGCCUCCAGAGUCGCCAUUUGCUGCCGACAUGUGGGCACUUGGAUGUAUUCUUUACGCCCUGCUCAGUGGAAAGUUGCCCUUUAUGGAUUCUUUCGAGCCACGAUUGCAGAUGAAGAUCGCCAAAGCACAGUGGCAGCUUCCACCGAGGCUGCGUCGCCGAGCAGAGAGGCUCGCAACCACGUCAACGAGCACACUCACAUCACAAGUCAGCAGAUCGAAUCAUCCCCUCUCUGCGGACCGUUCUACAUCGGUCGGACCAGCAGAUGUAGCUGAUCGUUUCGCCUUCAGCCAGCAGCAUCGACCCGUCUCUGGUUUGCCACGCGGCAUCGACAGCAAUAGUACCUUGGAUAUGAGUGCGUCCUUGCCAUCUUUGCUUUCGAAAGAGAGGCAGGUAACUGAGCCGGCAACAAGUGCACUUGCUAGAGGUGUCGUUGCUGUCCACUCUGACCAAGUAGUAGGCUCAGCUCCUGGCCGCGCCGACCAUCUCGAGAGCUUUGAGAUGAAUAAAGUUGCAAAGGCAAGGGCGGAUGUGAACGAAGAUCCCGAGUCGGAUGAGGACUCAGACAUCGACCCUGCCUGGGACGGUCUCAGUUGGGACCGUGCCGCUGCGAGACAUGUGCUGCGAGGCCUUCUGGAGCCGGACCCAAGGAGAAGAUGGACGAUCGAAAAGCUGUGCAUGAGCGCGUGGAUACGAGACGAACGGGUAGACCCCGCGACGUCUACUUCGCCAUUUCCGACAAAGCCUGCGCUGGCCGAUGCUUCUGGACUUGGAGCCAACCCCAUUGUCCCGACGCUCGCAUCAGCACCGAUGUCGAACUUUGAUAAAGCCAACAUUGAGGACAACCCGCAGCGCACCGAGCGUGGGAAGCGCUCUUCGAGUCUCGCUCGGACUCGCCCGACACAAUUGGUGCACGACGGUUCGAGAUCCGCAUCUUCUUCGGCGCAUUCACCUGCUAUCUCGGCGGACGAGGAAGACGGCGCCAAGAGACGAUCGCGGUCCAGGUCGCGUAUUUCGAUCCAGUACCGCGACUCGAGUCGCAAUCGCAGUACUGAUGCGAGCGGAAGCUCCACACCAAAUCGAGAACGCGACCACGCUUGGGCAAUGCACCAUCUUGCAAACUCGCUCACCUCGCAAGCCCACCCAUGGACCCACACUGCUGCUAAGGAGCGCUGCGACAGUCCGGCAGAAUCCGAACGACGAGGUCGCAUGCCUAGAUCAAGAAUGGCCGAUCUCGACGAAAAUACAACGUGGAACGGAGAGCAAGGCGCCAGCAGUGAUAAUCGUGCCGGUUCCAACGAGACCUCUUCUCUGCUUAGAGCGGGUCCGAUUGCGAUUCGAGGACGAAGUCAAUCGAGGAGUCAUAGCCGCCAUAGUAGAGAGUCGGCAUCUCCGGAACGGUUUGGCCAACGCUCCGUCUCACGAUCGCGAUCGCGGUCCAGCUUCUCGAUUUCGCACGAAGCCGGAACCGGCGCAGGGAUCUUGUACGGGCGUAGUGCAGAGCCGCAACCCGUCGUCGCUCCCAUCUUGGCGGAUCAGACGCAGGCGCAGCGUUCAUCGACGGCGCGCAGCCGUUCGCGAGCGCCUGAUGCAUUGACACAGAUCCUGGAUCGACAACGCUCCAGAAGUCGCUCACGAGUGCGCGGCAAUGCCGACACGGCGCACGUCGAUGGCAAUGGCAUUCCAAGCCGCAUUACACAUUCGCUGGACACAGCCGACAAAAGUAGGUAUGCACCCACUUCGGCGAAAGACACAGAAGCAUCUGAACGAAAUUCAGAGGCGCGAGGGCGGGCGCGCGACCGAAGAUGA